AUGGAAUAUACCGAUGAGGAUGCAGAAACCCAGGUUGAAACUGAAGAUGGAGAGGAAGCCUGGGUGGCAACUCACAGCGGUCGUGCUGCGACAAACAUUGAGGAAAUCGCGCAGCAGAUUGAAGGGGAUGAAGAUGAAAUUAAUAAAAGGGUAAGCAAGAUUGUACUGGAGGAUAUAAACGACAAAGAUGAUGUUGACAUUCCCGAUAUGGAUGAUAUUCCGGACAUUGAAGAAGUCGAGAAUGAAGUGGUGGAAGAAGACGAUCCGCACCGUCGGCCAUUGACGUCGACGCAGAUCUUUGAGGACGUUUCUCAAGAUUACGCGAAAAAGACGGUGACAAUCGAAACGCAUCCGCAUUUGAAUAUGUCUUUGGCGAGUAUCCACCCCUGUCGUCACGCUCAAGUUAUGAAAAAGAUCAUUGAAAAGAUGAAUGAAGAAAGUGUCAAAAAGUUUGAACUGCUGCAACAACAAUACGGAAAAUCCGAGAAUGCUCCACAAUUAGAACAGGCACAAGUGAGAGUUGAUCAGUAA